AUGGCCAACAGCUCACCCGACCCCGACCCCUAUCCUCUUGCCAGGGACAAGAAGGAAUCGGAUAGACUGCGAGAGCAGCACGACAUUAGUAUACAGAAUGCUGGCUAUCUCAUCUUCCCAGCGAUUGUCGACCGCCUGCCAUCACACGCACGGAUAGCAGACGUCGCUGCCGGCACUGGCGUAUGGGCCAUGGACGUCGCCAAGUCGCUUCCCAAUGCGCAGCUGGUCGCUUUCGAUCUCUCGUCCGCGCAGUUCCCCCCUUCAGCACCUGACAAUGUCCAAUUCGUUGUCACGAAUGCGAAGCAACCCUUUCCCGACGCCUACCACGGCUCCUUCGAUCUGGUUCACAUCCGCGCACUCAUCGCCGCGAUGAUGAGCCCGGAAGACUGGGAGGUAGUAAUGUGCAACAUCCUCCAGCUGCUCAAGCCCGGCGGCAGCGUGCAGUGGUUUGAAGGCGACUUUGGCAAUGUGCCUUGCCUUCGUAACAACCCAGAAUAUAUGCGGUUUACCGCUUUGCCGAAGCUGCUGGAGAAGUUCAGGUCGGUAAUGGGCGAUCGUGCAACAACCGGUCCCGGCAACCUUGUCAAAGCGGCAUCGGCUCGGCUGGAAAAUGUGGAAGUGGAUGUCUUUCCCACGGACAGGCUUCCUGAAAUGAGGGCCCGAUGGGCACGACAGGCGGCGAUUGCCAUGCUUGCAUGGGCUGAGAAAAGUUCGGGCUGGUCGGCAGAGGAAUUGGCCCAGAUGAAAUCGGGCGUUCAAGUGGAUAUUGAUAACGGAGCUUAUCAUCGUGGCGAUAUUUACUGCGUGACUGGCCAGAAGCCUCAUGCAUCGACGGAGUGA